UAUAUAUAGUAUAAAUUAAAAGUAUAUACAAUAAUUUAUGUUGUAAUACUAUAUGUUAUAAUUUAUAAUUAUCUUAAAUAAUGUAUAUUAUAUAUUAGGGUAAAUGUCUAAUAAAUCCCUGAGUCGGAGCGCCAUUUGAAUUUGAACCCACACUUUUUUGAAAGUAAGUAUUCGAUGCUUAACUUUUUCGUGAAUUUAAAAAUGAUCAUUCCGUCAUUUUUCCAUCAAUUUUUCUAACUUCUAUCAGGGUGAGUCAUCAUUUGUCCACGUAGGCAUAGACAACUUAUACUAAAAACGACGUCGUUUUAAUUUUCGACUUUACACGUCAACCCCAACACAUGCGACAAGACUUUUAAGCAUAAAGCUGAGGCUUGAAGACCGUCAACUCUUGGGGAAUGAUACUUGGAAAAGAAAAAAAGUUGGAAGAAGGAGAAGGCGCUGGUGGAAUGGAAGCCAAAUCCAAUCAAACCCAUGCAAAUAAGGGGUUUCAAUCACUGUCACGGUCGUCUUCUUCAAUGUCGUUUGUGAAAGUUGAUUUGGGUGUGGAUGCACCGACGUGCAAAUGCGGCCUUCAAUGUCCAUUAAGAACCUCUUGGACGACUGCAAAUCCUAGGAGGCGCUUCUUUGGGUGUUCCAUGUAUGAUGCACAUAAGAAAGCCGGGCAAUGUCGUUUUUUCCUUUGGUUUGACAGAGAGACAUGUCCCUGGGGAAAGGAAGUACUGCCUCAAUUGCGUAAUGAAUUGAAUUGCUUGAAAGAAGAGGUUAUACAACUUAGAGCACGGAAGAUGCAGCUUACUCAAAUGUUGCUGUUUUUAACAGUUGUGGUUAUUGCUUUUCUGGGAGUAUGGUUGAUGGGGUGUAAGGUCAUACAUUGACAAUGUAUGUAAUAGUAGUGCUUGUAAUGUUUUUAUUUGUUUGUAAUGGUAGUGUGUUUGUGAAGGAAGUAUUUGUAAUGGUAUAUUCGGCUUUGACAUUUUUGGAUGCUUGAUGGAGUGAAUCUAACACUUCCAUUUUAUGACUUUGGAUCAUUGUAUAAUAUGGUACUCCCAUUAUGUGGAAUGUGCAACAAUUAUGUAUAAUAUCUAUCUGU